GCAGGGAUGCACACACCACCGCGCUAUGGGGACUACGAGGCACAGCGGCACUGGAUGGAGAUCACAGUCAACCUGCCAAUGGAAGAAUGGUAUCGCAACUCUUCCCUGAACGACCUGAGCUACUGGGGCCUGGACUACCCACCACUCUCAGCCUACCAGAGCUGGUUGUGCGGCAAGUAUGUGCAGCUGUUUGAACCGGAAGUAGUGGAGCUUGGAACCUCACGUGGCUACGAGUCACCCUCCAGCAAGAGGCUGCUCCGCUGGACGGUGAUGGCGGCAGACGCCCUGGUAGCUCUGCCCGCAGCUCUGGCGGCUGCAAACACUUUUGGUGGCAGCAGCAGCGGCAGCGGUAGGCAGCGCCUGUCGCUGCUGGUGGCCAUGCUGUUCAGCCCAGCACUUGUGCUCAUUGAUCACGGCCACUUUCAGUACAACUGCAUCGGAUUGGGGUUGGCAGCAGGCAGCGCAGCGGCAGCAGUUUCUGGCCGCCACGUGCUGGCAGCGGUGGUCUUCAGCCUGUCGCUGAACCACAAGCAGAUGGGGCUUUACUACGCUCCUGCCUUCUUUGCCUACCUGCUGGGCAAAUGCCUGCAAAGACCUACGCCGGCAAGCAAGGUGGGCGGCGUGGCGGCGCUGGGCGUCGCAGUGCUGGCCACGUUUGGCAUGGUGUGGGCACCCUGGCUGCGCUCGCCAGUGCAGAAUGCUUGGCUAGGCGUGGUGUACCGUGUGUUCCCCACCCAGCGCGGGCUGUACGAGGACUAUGUGGCCAACUGGUGGUGCGCCUCCUCUCGCCUCAUCAAGUGGGUCCGCCUGCUCACCCAGCCCCGCCUGGUACAGCUGUGCGGCGGCACCACGCUGGUGGCGGCAGCACCGGCCAUGGCUGCACAGGUGAUGCGCCCCACCCCACGCGGCUUCCUGCUCUGCCUGGCCAACAGCGCAAUGGCGUUUUUCCUCUUCUCAUACCAGGUUCACGAAAAGAGCAUCCUGCUGCCACUGCUUCCCCUGAGCCUGCUGUUGGGUUCAGAGCACCCGCAGCUGCUGUGCUGGGUCAAUCUAGUCGCCACCUUCAGCAUGGCGCCAUUGCUGAAGAAAGACGGGCUCACCUUGGCGGCCGUGGGCGCCACCGCAUUCUGCCAUGCAGCCAUUCAGCUGGCCAGCGUCGCAGGGCUGGCAGGCACGGGGGAGAAGCAGCGGGCAAGCAGUACCUUGCUGAAGGCAUGGCAGCGGCGCCUUUUUCGGCUGUCGUUGGCAGGCUGCGUCGCCAUCCUGGCAGCGUCUGCCGUGCUGCCGCCUCCCUCCCGCCUCCCCUUCCUAUACGAUGCACUCAUCGUCACGUGGAGCUUCCUGCACUUUGCCGCCCUCUUUGGCUACACGUACAUGCUGCAGCUCCAGGAGUACCGUCGCGCUGCCGGCAGCAAGGUUAAACAGUUGUGA